GGAAAAGUAAACAUGGUCAAAGUCCGCGCUGCUAAGAAGAGGGGCUGCAGCUACUGUUACCAUGGCUAGACGUACUGGAUAUGUGCGUGUGUGUGUGUGUGCUUUGAAAGAGUGUAUCUGGCGGCGAAUAUUUUUAUUCAAGUAAAUGGUAGCUUUCAUAAACACUGGCUGCUGUUUGCAGACUACACCGUUAUUGAAACACCGUUGUAGGGGCCUACACACACGAGAACGUUCAGCCGCCGCUUGGCUUGGGGUCACAGAAUACUGAGAAUUCAUCUAAAACCCAACUAAAUGCCCAACUCUAGUCUGUUUGCGUGAAUCUAUCUAUAUGUCACUAUUCUGUCGUCGAGCAAAAGACUGAAAGGCUAGCUCAUCCAUCAUAUGGAAAUCAAUUGGUAACACUUUGUACUGUGUCAGUCAUAGGUGUCAGUACUGUUUUAUGAUUAAUAUAUUUUUUAUACAUAAUGAAGUAAACUUCCGACACUCGUCACACUGUUUGACUUCAUUUUCACAAGAUUUUCCUUAUAAGAAAUGGCUCGUGUAAGCUCGAGUAUAUACACAGCUCUCAGUUUGCUUGUUGGCAUAUUCAUCGGCUUCUCAAUCGCAACAUGGCUGAGAGCCCAUCUUCGUAUUUGCCAAAAGCAAGAAGAAAUCCUGCCAAAGCCGCCUCCAAACUUCGACGAUCUGCCGCCAGACAAGCGGCUGCUAUUUGUUGGUAUCAUGACUGCGCAGAAGUUUUUAGACACUCGGGCGUUGACAGUGUAUCAGACAUGGGGUCAGACGAUCCCUGGAAAGCUGGCAUUCUUUUCUAGCCAGAACUCGGUAAGCAAGUACGACAUUCCGAUCGUGCCCCUGGAACGUGUCACCGACCAUUAUCCGCCACAGAAGAAAUCCUUCAUGAUGUUGAAAUUCAUGUAUGACAACUACAUUGAUAAGUUUGAGUGGUUUAUGAGGGCAGACGACGAUGUGUACAUCAAGGCGGAUGUGAUGGAAAAGUUCCUACGAUCGGUCAACAGUAGCACACCUUUAUUCAUGGGCCAGUCUGGAAUGGGCAAGAAAGAAGAGCUGGGACAAUUGGGUAUCUCAUCUUAUGAAAACUUCUGCAUGGGUGGUCCGGGCAUGAUCUUCAGCCGUGAGACGCUGCGCCGCAUUGCUCCUCACAUUCAGUAUUGCCUGACGCACCUCUACUCCUUCCACGAAGACGUUGAGAUUGGCCGGUGCGUGCGUCAGUUUGCCAACAUCUCAUGCACAUGGAACUAUGAGAUGCUACACAUACUAUAUCACAACACGAGUAGCAAAGCAGAUGAAAAACUAUCCUACAUUGGAAACUUGUACAAGGAUUACGUGCUGCGAGCUACUUCGCUCCACCCAUUUAAGGUGACGCCGCACAUGUAUCGCGCGCACGCCUUCUUCGACGCGCUGCACGCGCGAGACCUGCGACACGCGACGCUGCAGCUGACGCGCGAUGCGAGCGACAUGGACGCGUUGCUAGGCGACCGGCGGACCGACCGCGGCCGCCUCGCGCUACACCCGGGGCUGAGCCGCGCGCCGCCGGCCGGCAAGUACGACACGGUCGCCUACGACUUCAUCAGCCGCAGCCUCUACAGCGAGAAGAACUCAAACCCGAAGCGCGGCCCCGAGACGGCGACGCGAGACGCGCUCGAGUCCGUCGUCAUGGCGCUGAUGCGCGACGCGAACGCGGCGUCGCGCGAGCGCGGCCGCGUCAUCGACUUCAAGGAGGUGCUCUACGGCUACGUCGGCGUCGACCCUCCGCGCGGCGCCACCUGGGUCGUCGACGUGCUCAUGACGUACAAGAAGUACGCCGGCCGUAAGAUGACCGUGCCCGUGCGCCGGCACGUCUACCUGCAGCAGGCGUUCACCGACGUGCAGUUCCGCGAGGAGACGCGCGAGGACGGCGCCGAGGCGUCAGAGGGCGCCACCGUGAGCAACGCGUACAAGACGCUGCAGGAGAGCCUCGGCGUCGGACUGAAUCUCGCGGGCGGACUCGGCGGCGGCGGCGGCGACGCGGAGAACGGUCACGAGGACUGGGUGCGCGCGAAGGUCGUCCACUUUAUUCUGCCGCUCGCCGGCCGCUUCGCGACGUUCCAGCGCUUCAUGAACAACUUCGAGAGCGUGUGCCUGCGCAACGACGAGGCCGUCAAGCUGGCGGUGAUCCUCUUCGAGCACGCGGCAGACGACGCGAUCGGCGACACGGUGGCGCUGGUCGGCGAGCUGCGCGGCCGCUACCCGCACCACGAGCUCGCCGUCGUGCACGCCAAGGGCCCGUUCUCGCGCGCGCCCGCGCUCGAGAUCGGCGCACGCCAGUACGGCCGCGACGCCCUGCUGUUCUUCGUCGACGUCGACAUGCACUUCGACGCGGCGUUCCUGCAGCGCGUGCGGCUCAACACGGUGCAGUCGCGCAGCGUCUACUUCCCGAUCGUCUACUCGCAGUUCGACCCGGCGACCGUCUACGCCGACGACGCCGCGCCGCGCGACCCGCUGCGCGUCGCCGAGCACACGGGCUACUGGCGCCAGUUUGGCUUCGGCAUCGCGAGCAUGUACCACAGCGACCUGCGCGACGCCGGCGGCUUCGACCUCAGCAUCGUCGGCUGGGGCAAGGAGGACGUCGACCUCUUCGACAAGAUGGUGCGCGGCGGCAACGUGACGAUCCACCGCGCGGCCGACCCGGGCAUCGUGCACGUUUACCACCGCAUCGAGUGCGACGCGGGACUCGAGCCCGCGCAGCUGGCGAUGUGCCGCGGCACGCGCGCGUCCACCUACGGCUCGCAGGCCACGCUCGCCGCCACCCUCUACGCGUCGCCGCACCUGCUCGAUCCCGUCGCGGCGGUGCCGCCUGCUGGCGAUUCGGAGAAAGCGUGAGAGCAACUAGGGUGGGGUUUCUUGCGCACCUGCUGGUAGUUCAGAGGUAUAGGAGGAAUCAACGAUCAAUUUUUUCUGCAAAUGAGGCUGUUGCACAUCGCAUUGCGCAACACCUUUUUUAUUGUUGUGGUCGAUGUAAGAUGAAGGGAUAAUAACUGUGCUUUAUCUAACGACAAUGCUCAUGCUAUUUCUCUUGAGGGUCGGAGACAAAAUACAGCAUACAAUAAGACGUUAGAAACGUACGUGAGAGUAUAUAUUUUUUACAUAAUUGUAAUGAUAAGCUAUUACCCGUGAGCAAUGGUUUAUUUUUUAAAUUUGAAAUUUUUAUCGACACUGGAAGCAUUUGAAAUGGUCCAGUAUUGUCACAAACCGAAUCUGUAUAACAAACUGAAUAAAACAUUAUAUUGAUGUAAAACUAAUAUAAAUAUUGCUUGCAUGGUCAUGCUAUAGUGGGAUUGGUUGCAUUGCAAAAAAUAUUGGCUUCUUUCUGUCCACCACAUCCAUACAUUCUUUCCAUUUAAUUAUUAAAAACGAAUUUAUAAGUUACUAUAGGAUUUCCAAAAGACUUGGAAAAAGAAGUAGCGUGUGAGCCUGUAUUUUUCAUGACUUUUCUAAUUACCACCUUUUUAAUGCUUUUCGAUGACUGCGAACCAUGUUAAAAGCUACUAUUUCUCAUAAUAUAUAUAUAUAUUUUGAACUGCUGCUGAAUUGAAGACCAACCGUAAUGUCAGUAGCUGAUUAUUUUGAAAGCCUCUGGUUUAUUGCAAUUAAAAAUUGUUGCCAUCUAAAGAUACCCUGAUACCCUAGGUAUGUAAAAUAUUCAGCCAUUUUUCUAGUACUUAUAUAGUAUGAGGAGAAUAUUGACUUCAACUGUCAAAUUUUGUCAUGUCCUGUUCUCGUAACAAGUAGUUAUAAAAUAUAAGUAAUCAUUGAGUUUGCA